AUGUUGAGGAUUCCCUGGUUCGCAGGAGGCGUUGUGAGCCACUCGAUGGGCCAGCAGUCACGAGGGGCUCCGACCAGAUUCAGACCGUUGCCAGAAGUCGCCCUGACGCUACUGCUGCUGUUGCUACCUCUGCUGGCAAGCGCCUACAGAGUUAAAGGGGCCACUGCAGCUGGCACUGAUGCAGCUCAGGAGGCACCUGGGCACAGCCACCAUGGCCCCUACCACAGCCACGGCGGUGUUCUGCAAAAGAUGAGGGCUUUGCAGCGGCUGAAGGCGGUGGAGUGGGAGAUGCGCAUGCAGCCGCUGGAAGAGCUGCUGGAGAGGUACAAGGCGCGCCACAACGCAUGCGUCAACGCCAAGAAGCUGCCGGGAAAGUACCUGGUCGUGCGGUUUGAGGACAAGGACGCCGGCAUCGGCAACCAGCUGCCCAGCGUCGUGUCGGGGCUGCUGCUGGCGCUAAUGAUGGACCGGUGCCUGUUUGUGGAGUUCCCCUUCUUCAACAAAUUCUUUGACCACGAGCUCGACUUCAGCUGGAAACGGCACGCCAAGCGGCUGCUAGCACAUGGGCACAACGCGACCGAGCCAGAGAACAUUCCUGAGCGCAUCCCCUUCGGUUACGUCACAAUCGCGGACGUGUGGAUGUUCAAGAACAUGACGGCGUACUUUGACAAGAACUACGGCGUCGAGAUGUGGAAGGACCUUGAUUGGAGCGCCGCUCUGCUAGUCAACAACCCGCACCACAAGGAUUUCAUCGAGACAUAUUUCCCGACGAGGGACAUCUUUGCGCCGCUGGCCAAUUUCAUCCUGCGCAUCAAGCCCAAGUAUGACAAGAAGAUCAAGGAGUUCAAGCACAAGAACUUCAAGCUCUUCAACAUCGGCAUGCAGAUCCGGCGCCGCAAGUGCAACGGCGACGAGAAUGAGCUGCUGUGCGAGCUGCGGCCGACGAUCGAGUCAUACUGCACGGUCGCGCGCCACAUCCAGCUGAUGCACGGUCUCCACGACAACGAUGUGCGCUUCUUUCUGGCGGCCGACGAGCCGGAGACCUACACCCAGAAGGCUGCGCAGGUGAUCAAGAUUCUGGGCGCGGACCGGGUGAUAUUCACGGACAACGGGAUCGCGCCGAGCAGCAGCGAGAAGGGGGUGUGGAACGCUGCGGACAACCCGGGGACGCUGGAGAGCGCGCUGCAGGACAUGGCGUUGAUGGCACACUGCAACGAUCUCGUGAUGACCGUCGCGUCCUCCUUCGGCUACGUCGCCGCUGCAUGGGGCGGCUACUCGCCGGUGCACAUGGUGUACGGGAAGCACACGAACUCGCAGAACCCGUACUGGUACCGGUCAAUCAGCAGCGAGCCCUGCUACUGGCAGGCCAAGAACAUGUUGCGCGCACUGGACGCCAGGGCAGUCAACCAGUUCAGGUCCAACCCGCUGUGGAUGCAGUACACGCAGUGCCACAAUGACUGGAACACCGAUGAGCAAUCCAGCUAA